ACAAAUUGCCCCCACUCCACUCUCCUAUCCGCUUUGAGCCAUCCCCUUUAUAUUAUAUUUCACAUACAGAGGCUCACAGCUCGCUAGUUCCUCCAGCCUUCCUUCUCUGCUCCAGGAGCCAAGCAAACUCCUCUACUCCACCGGUGUCUCGGACUUCACUGGCGUCAUGCUGCCGGGACAUGUCGCAUCUAGAAUGACCGUGCUGGAGCGGCAGCGGGCCCACCUGAGAUGGCAGGGACCGCAUGGUGACUUUGGCUCUCAUGAGGUCCCGGACCAGCCAGUGAAGCUCGACUCGGGGCCUGGAAAUGGGUGGCCCGAACUGGGCUCGCCCGAUAUUCCAGGAGAAGGUUGUGCGAACCUGAACCUGGCUGGGAGGCAGGGCUCUCUUAAGAAGAGGAAAUUUGACAAAAUGCAUACCACCAAGGUAGAUGAUGAGAACAAAGACAAGAAGACAAGAGGAUUUCCUAUGGAAGAUGAGGAGUCAAAGAUCACACAACAGAGCAACAACAUAAGCAAAGGUAACUGCAGUAAGAGAGAAACCUCUGCCUGCUCUUCCAAGGAAACCUCGAAAGCCUCCGAGAUCCAGAAGACCGAUUACAUCCAUGUCCGGGCCCGCCGAGGCCAAGCCACCGAUAGCCACAGCCUAGCCGAAAGGGCAAGGAGGGAAAAGAUCAGUGAGAGGAUGAAGUACCUGCAAAAUUUGGUUCCGGGUUGCAAUAAGAUCACCGGGAAGGCAGGAAUGCUUGACGAGAUCAUUAACUACGUUCAGUCCCUCCAAAGACAAAUCGAGUUCUUGUCCAUGAAACUGGCUGCCGUGAAUCCAAUGAUCGACCUGAACAUUGACAACCUCUUUGCAAAGGAGGCUUUUCCUAUUUGCACGGCAAGCAUUCUGAACAUCGACAUGUCGCCCGAAAUCAACAGCCAUAUCAACUACUUGCAGGCAAACCCGAUGCACCAAGCAGUCUCAUGUCUGGGCCUGGAACUGGGAAUCAAUACCAGUGCAGGGCAUCAAGCAUCCAUAACCGCUCCCCUGCCAAUCCCCGAGACAUUCUUGGAUUCGACAAUCUUCAAUCAAAUACUGCCUUCGUCGACCUGGGAAAGCGAUUUACAGAACCUUUACAAUGUCGAUUUCUUUCAACAAGGAAGAGCUACAUCUCUUGCAUCUCAGCAAUAUACAGGUUCAGUUGAGGUUAGUAAUCUAAAGAUGGAGAUGUGAUAUAACAAGGGCAUCACCAGCCAAUUCAUCCUAUUCCUUUACAAUUCAUUCCGAAUGGAUCUGAUUGUAGAUUAUUCGCUCGUCUCCUCACAGUACAUAGAAUUAUCUGUACGUACAUUUACCGAAUAGUUUGAACAAAUAAAAUUCAAUGCCGCAUUGACCUCAGCUUCUGGGUUUGUGCCUUCAGAGUA